GCUGUAUCACACCUCAGUAUGAAUGAACGUUAACAAUGCGUCGCUACCUCCUCGCUUUAAAAAAUCAGUGGAGUAUUACAUUUUACCCAUCGGCUGACAGCUAGAAAACCUCCCGCAGAUAAUUUGCCGAGUCGGAUCAAAACCAAUCAAAAGUCUUGUUACAAAUUUGAUUAUGAUAAUUACGAUCGCGGCCACAUUACAAAUGCUCUAUUGAUAAUCAUAUUUUCGACAUGCGCAUAAGGGUAUCUUAUUUGUAAAUCAGAAAAUUGCAACACAAGAAGUUUUGUCAUUCUCCUGCUUACUAUACCUAAGCAAUGUCACGUCGCAAGCAGCCCGUCCCUCGACACAUCGAAACAGAGGAUGAGCUUGCUACCAUCUUGCAAAACGGUGAAAACAGUCAGUCACCAACUGCCUCACCAGGAGGAGAUGCACAUGUUUGCGGUAAGUGCCGUGAAGAAUUCCCAGACUUAGCCACUUUCCUGGCUCACAAAAAGGCUUGCAGCCAUAAGCGAGUGGUAGUAUUUUUUGAUGCCAACGACCGUGAUAACUCGCAGAGUGACAAUCAGUUAGAGCGAAGCAGCAAAAUCCCGAGGAUGAGCAAAGUUUCUGAUGUGACUGUUCGGGACGGUUCAGACGGUGAGACACAUAUGGACCAAUCAGAAGAGGAGGAAGAAGAGGAAGAUCAGACUGAAACAUUCGUAGACGAAAUGGAUGAAGAUGAUGGCAUCAUGGAGGACACAUAUCUCAAUGGUGAAGUGUCUGAUGAAGACGAUUUGGACGAUAUUGAUGAAAUAAAUGACAAAGAAAAUGACUAUGGGAAGUUAUCUUCAGAAAGUAAAAGUGACCUGUCUCUUCAGCUUCCUCAAUUUAUGUUGCCAUUUUCAUCAUUUCUACCCAGCAAUAACAAUGUUACACUAGAGCCGAUAAACGCCACCAAGGCUGCUGUAGCUCAGUUCGCAGAGAACAACUUGCCCCCCUCAGACUUAGCCAUGUUACACACCACACUGUACAGCCUUCAGCAACAACAGCUAGUUCAGUUACAGCUUAUACAGCAGUUACAGCAACAGCUGUUGAUGGGUAUGUCCAGCUCCUCGCCACUGCCCAAUGGUCACCUCUCGCUCCUCACACCACCGGCAUCCUCAGCAACAUACCCUCUCAAGGAACUCACCUCCUGUAUCCAAUCAGCUGGUCUGCCUGAAAUCACAAGUGGAGAGAAAUCCUCAACAAUAUCCACAAAACCCACAUCAUCAGAAUCCACAUCACGUGUCUCCUCGUCAUCCACCACCACUCUGUCACUGUCCACAAAGCCUAUUCCGUCAUCGCAACCUCUCCCUAGCAACGAUGCCGUAUCCAAGGCUACUGUUGUCCCAGAAACAUCUGAUUUUGCCAGGUUGUCAAUGUUGGUUGAGAGAUCCCAGUUUGUUAGUGAUGACCCCUUCUUCCGUCACAAGUGUCGCCUGUGUCAUAAAGUCUUUGGCAGUGACAGUGCCCUUCAAAUCCACAUACGUUCUCAUACAGGGGAAAGGCCAUUCAAGUGUAACAUCUGUGGUAACCGGUUCUCAACCAGAGGAAACCUGAAGGUCCAUUUUGAGCGACACAAGGCGAAGUAUCCACAUGUGAAAAUGAACCCGAAUCCGGUUCCGGAGCACCUGGACAAAGCGCCGCAAAUGCCACUGUUGGGGUCGCCAUUCCAUAGCAUCACCACACCUCCACCUCUACCAAUGUCUUCUAGCAUACACGGCUCUUUGCACAUACCGCUGCCUCCACCAAUCACCUCUGUGGCUCCCGCUCCACUCCCACCGACAGCGCACUCCCGGCCACGAUCGGAGAGCAAGAGUUCCGAGGACAAGAAGCCAUUGCCUAGUCCCAAACAAUCACCUUCUUCUGUUGUCAGCACAACUCCCUCGUCUGUUGUAAGUGACCAUUCUGCUGGGAAAAAGUCUCCAAUUAUUGAGACCUCAAAGGCAGUAUCUUCAGUGUCAAUGUCAGCUUUACUGCCACCUUCCCUACCGAUAAGUUCCAGUAGUUUAGGCCACAUUGAUAGCCAACACAAACCUAUUUCUAGUCCCUUCAUGCUGGCGCCAUCCACCUCACAUAUGCCACCAAUCAUGUCACACCCACUGUUGUCCCCACUGUCCUCGAUGCAUCAUUCGCUGCCUCCUCCACCACCUCCACCUCUCAUGUCAGCCGUUCCAUUUGGCCAGCCAUCUGGUCGUGACUCCAUCUUGCCAGCUAAAAUGAUCGACCAUGACGAAAGCUUGGAGCAGUACAUGGAAAUCAACCGAUCUGAAACCUCCAAACUUCAGCAGCUGGUGGACAACUUGGAGAACAAAGUGUCUGAUCCUAACCAAUGUGUCAUCUGCCACCGUGUCCUCAGCUGCAAGAGUGCUCUCCAGAUGCACUAUCGCAUCCACACUGGAGAGCGACCUUUCAAGUGUAAGAUCUGCGGCAGGGCCUUCACAACCAAAGGUAACCUCAAGACUCACAUGGGAGUCCAUCGCAUGAAGCCGCCACUUCGUAUGAUGCACCAGUGCCCUGUGUGCCACAAGAGUUUCACCAAUCUGUUGGUGCUUCAGCAGCAUAUCCGUAGCCAUGCCGGCAUGCAGGGUCUACACCCAAUGCCUCAUAUGGAACCAAUGCGUAUGUUCCCCGAUAUGCACCCACCGAUGCCGAGCUGGGCCCCAAGGCCAUUUGAUCUGUCAAUCAAACCAGACCCUGAGAAGGAGCUAGAUCUAAGUAAGGCGAAGGUCUCCGGCUCUGGGGGUCAUCAUAAGGAUGAGUUAGACAGUGGGGAUGAGGUCAACAGAGACGACUACAUGGACAAUGAUAGCUUUGAUGACAUGGAUGAUUGUGACAUUGAGGAGGAUAUGGAAUUAGAGGAAGAUCGAGAGAGGAUGAAGAAGGAGUUGGACGAGGAUGGUGAAGAGGAAACCAAUCAUAAUCUAGCUUUGAACAAUAGUGGAAAACAUAAGUUUGACCAAGAGAAUGACAAGAGCAGGAAAGAGUCUCUGAAAAGACCUGCCUCUGCAAUGUCUGAUGGAUCUCAAGAUUUGGAAAGGUCUUUGAGUCCAAAGUACAUUAGUCGGUCGCCACAGAUGGCACCAGACAUGGCGAUCUUCUCAUCCUUUGGUUCCACCAGCACUGCGCCGGUCUUCAACUCCUCGCUUGCUGCUCUGGAGGAACGUGUGCGCGCGAUCGAUGCAUCCAUGGCUCAGUCUCCACUGCAUCACUUCAGACCGAUUUCACACAUGAAUGGUUUGCCAAUGUCCCUGCCUAACGGUGACACCUCUCCAACCUCUCCAAACCAUCAGUAUGAGUCGGGAUCAGAGGGCCAUAGUGGCGAGGAUGGCAGCAAACCAGGAACUCCGGCUCUCUCUGUCACCAGUGAUGGUGGAAGUUCUAUCGGGUCCGGCAGUGGCUUCAUGAUGGAUGCCAAUGACCACCGUAGAACAAGUACAACAUGCAACAUCUGCAUGAAGACUUUUGCCUGUAGAAGUGCUUUGGAAAUUCACUACAGGAGCCACACCAAGGAACGGCCAUUCAAGUGUAACUGUUGUGACCGCAGCUUCUCCACCAGGGGAAACAUGAGGCAGCAUAUGCUCACGCAUAAAAUCCGUGAUUUGCCCAAAUCGUUCAAGGAAAAUGGUGAUAGCAAAAUGAGCGAGAACAAUAAUUCAUUGGACGCUCCUGAUAUGGAACAGGGCAAGACUUCUCAGGAAUUCUCUAGUAACCGAUCUGAUUCCUCAAUCACCUCAGGUUCCUCAGGCAACCAUCACACCUCCACGACGAGUCCCACGUCCACUACCAACAACACCACUAGUUCACGUGACGGCGACAACUCGCCAUUUGUGCGUGAGGCACCUUUGAAGCAUCAAUGUCAGGUCUGUCAGAAAGGCUUUUCAAGUGCAAGUGCGCUCCAGAUACAUAUUCGCACUCACACUGGCGAUAAACCCUUCAAGUGUAAUGUCUGUGGGAAGGCAUUCACCACCAAAGGCAAUCUGAAGGUACACAUGGGCACACACAUGUGGAAUAACAGUCCAUCGCGUCGUGGCCGUAGGAUGUCCAUAGAGCCGCCAUUCAUGAUGGCCCACAAAGACAACCCCUACCUAGCAGGGUUUCCUCACCGAUCCCCAGACUUUUUUCCGUAUCAAUUCCCACCGUUCAUGGGAGUAACACCACCAAAAAUGAACGAAAUUUCUGUGAUCCAGAACUUGGCUGGAGGGUUAGGACACAUGCCUCCAAUGUCUCUCGCACAAGAGAUGACAUCUCCACGCAGUAGUAGUAAUAGUGUUUCUAAACCUACAGACUCUUUCAGUAAUGGUAAAUCUGACUGGAAACACAAGAGUUCAUCGGAAGGUCGCAACACAGACUCUCGUAGUAGUGCAUCAAGUUCAGGUGAGCUUGACCUGAGCAUGAAAUCUUCACGUUCAUCCCCUUCUCCACCGAACACCUCCUCACUGCCCGACAAGGUUUCCUCCUGGUCGUCAAAGAGCUAUCACUCUUCACCGAGUCCCAUCGACCAUCACAGUCAGCCCUUUCACUUGAAGGGGGAAUCUGCCCAUAAGGGGGUAGUAGCCUAAAGUUGCCAUAGCAAUUCUGUAUUGUGAAACAUUAUUUGAUUGGACUUUUCAUACUCUUCACCUGGUUAACAGUGCGGCUUUGUUGAAAUGAGAACAGUAAAAUAACUUUUCUGUGAACAUUAUUGCAUGCUGUUGAAUAUGUACAAAUUUUUGUACAUAGAUAGAAUGAGAUGCCGACUGUUGGAUGUACACCCCACGUAAGCCUGUUGUUGAUGUAAUUAUAGGCCUAGAUGUUCAUCUUGAUCUGACGCAACAUUCCACAAAAUGUUGCAAGAACGAUAUUGUCACUGUUGGUAUGUUGUUUUAGAGGAAAAGUUUUGUUGUGAAAUUUUCAAGAAAUUGAAAUAUGAUGUUCAUUAAAGUUUAUGAGUCUGUGAAUGUGUAUAUCAAUUGUCUUCAAUACUGAUUGAAGGCGUACAAAAGGGCAGAUUAUGUAAUAUAUAUGGUGUAUGAUAUAUUUUGAAAACUCCGCCUCAUUGUAAAGUUGUACCAGACGUAGAAUCUCCCUCAUAUUAACGGUUGUGAUGACUCAUUGUGUAUUAACUUUAAACUCUGUUGUCAUGGUAACAAUGUGGUGUCCUUGAAACAGACUCUGUUGCCAUGGAAACAGUGUUGUCAUGGAGAUGUCACAGUAUUUUGUGUGCACUGGAUUUUGUUUUCAUUAAGGUGCAUGUGAUGAAAUGUAUUGUGUAGUUAUAUAUCAACAUGUUACUGUGUAGAAACGUUUCUGUAUAAAGUAUCUUUUUAUGGAAUGAGAUCUGAGGACCCCUUCAUUACUUACACCAUCAUGUGUGCACCUUGAGUGUUUGAAUGCAUAUAAAGGUAACUUCCUGGUAGUGUUAUUAUGUGUUUUUAAGUGUACUUUUACGUAGAAAUAAAUGAUAUCUAGUCGAUACACUGUUGCUAAUCAAACGAUUUUAUAUUUGCAUAUCAUAGUUAGUGGAAUGGUCUACCUUGCCUUGCCCAUAUAAAUCACAUUCAUCGUGGAUCUGUGGUCAAGAUCCUAAUAGUUUUAAGAAACAUAAACGGACCAGUUAGGUAGGAUAGAUGCUGGACCCCACUGCCUUCCACAGUGGGGUUCAUUACAUCCUGGUUUUUAGCAUUGUCAAAACUUUGCUGUUUAUUUUGCAUUUUUUCCCAAAUUCUUGCCAGUUGAAUACAUCUACAGCGAAAACAAAUUUAGAUAUUUUCAUAUUUUAAUUUCACUUAUUGUUUACAAAUAUGUAGUUUACAUUUUAAAAUUAGGCUGUACCAUAUCCCAUCCCCUCAUCAAUCAGUAUUCUCCAACUUACGUGAUAUAUCAUUAUUUAAGGUCAAUAGUAUCCACCUCUCCCUAUAUAUUCCUAGUUUAAUCUCCCCUUCCUAUUUCACCUUAUCUGUAGUAUAAUAAUACUUUUCCCUCCUUCCUGUCUGUUCCUUUGUCUCUCUCUCCAUUCUUUCCUGAUAGUCACAGUUAGAACAUGGUUAACAACUAUGAAGAGUUCUUGACACCAAAGAUUCUAUGUAAGCUGUAUAUAUAUAGCCCCUAUGUACAUGCAUAGCAAUAUUUACAGUCACUGUAAAUUAAUUAUUUUGUACAUUUAUUUUUAACUUCAUUAUUAUAUAGUUUGUUGGUUUUUCAGUUGCUAUGUAUUUACAGUUCCUCUCCUGCUUAGGGAAAUAGUUUUCAACAUAUUUACAAACUUUUGUUUGUUUUAUUUUUCUUUCACUUCUACACAGAUGGUGCUUUAUAAUGUAGAAAGCAAAAACUGUUCAAAUCAAUUUCCAUUUUUCUUGUUUAAAAUCAUUUCCUCAUUCUAAUUAAGAAAUCUAUUAAUUUUUAAUUAUCUCUCUACUUUGAAGUGAGCGGACAAAUCUGAAUACAUUUGACCAGUUAGUAAUUAAACGCCCUGGUUACUGUUAGUCUGAAGUUUUAUUUAGUAGACAAACUUUUAAUUGGUCUUCCAUGCUUGAUGAUAAUUUUAAGUUACUGAUUCAAUUAAACCUGUUUUUAGUAUCAAGGAACAAAUUCUAGUUUUUACCAUUUUUUUCUAUUGUUUUUAUCAAAAAGAAUUUCUCCGGUGAAUGGAUCCUACUUGCUUCGAUGCAGAAAUCUUAAUGUAUUUUUUUGCUGCAGUAACAUCAUAAGUGUGGGCAAGUACAUGUUUGAUGUAAAUUAAUUUGUAGGACAAAUGAAAUCCAAAUACACAGCAUGUCUCGAGAGCUUCCAUCUAACUUAGAUGCAAAAAUGUAGCCAUAUUUGUAGGUAAAUUAACCAAUAGUUGUUUGUUUUACAAGUAGGUUAUUUUGACCUUUCAGUCUUCAUUAUCAAUCAUCGAAAUCCAUAUUCUGUUUUUCCCUGUGUUCAAUCUUUCUAGAGAGGUAUAUUGUGCUAUUCUACACUACCUGGGAACAAGAGAUGUCAGGUGACAUUUUAACAAUGGUUUUACUGUCACCCUUUACACUCUGUGUGCUUUUUAUUGUGAAACCCUUUGUUGUUCAAAUAUUUAGAACUUUUGAAGGAAUAUUUAUUUAUUAUUUCAAAAAAUGUUGAGAUAUUGAUGAAAUAAUGAAUAGUGUGUAAAUCUAUUAACUUGUACAUGAAGUUAUCAAAUUGUCUUUUUACCUUAGAAUAAUAGAAUUCUAUAGAGUUUUCAUGGGUCAAUAUGAAGAGAAAGAAAAACAUGAUACCAAAAAGAAUGAAACUCGGGAGGGAAUAUUAUAUCACUGAUGAAAUUAUAAUCCAUAUUUCUUUGUUAAAGGUUUUGAUAUUUUAAGUGUUAUUUAUAAUUAAAGAAUGAAAUAGACAAUGUGGAAAUAUUUGAUAAAUUAUGGCGCAGACAUAUUGUAAGAAAUUGUUAAAUCUGUAUGUAUUUAUUCCUGUAACAUUUUAAUGAACUUUGACCACCUCCACCUUUGACCUUGACCAUGACCCAGCCAACCCUCAUUCAGGGACAGAUACCCAUCAUAUGGUCGUAGAUCAUGUUUUAUCACACUGCCUGCAUUAGAUUUAUACCGAGAGGAGAGCUGGGGUAUUCGGCUAGAUUUCUAGAGUUUUAAAUAUGCUGUUCUUGUGUUCAUAUUGGAAUUCAACGGAUGUAAAGGCUUGAUAAUGUGCAAUUGGUAUCUAUUUACUUUAAUGCGCUAUACAUAUUUUUGGUUUAUGUGACACUGUCACCACUCCUGACCUUUGACCUUGGAGAUGUGUGUCAUGUGUGACAGACCUCACCUGACCCUUGAACCCUUAGAUAUUUAAGAUAAGGAAGAAUUGUGUGGCUGGACAAGUUAUAUAGAUAGAGUCUGUACAAUGUAGUUUAUUACUUAGGUUUUUAUUUUGUCAUACCAGACAAAUAAAAAAGCCAAAGCAACUGUA